CCGCAAGUUUACUGUGUCCGGCCAAACAAGUUUUACUAGUCGUUUACUGGUAGAUGCCUUAUUAGUUCCCUUCUUACACUCUUUCAACUAGUCUAACUGCUCAUUUUUGCUUUUUCACCCGGCCUCGAUUAUUACCUGGAUUAAAAUCAUCGGUACACUGGUACUGUUUGCUGCUGGUCAUCUUUUCUGGGCGUGUAUCUUACUUCCGUAGCUGAUACCUCCAAUGCGCGAAAGAACUUGGGUAGAUAGACCCCUAAUGCCACUCUAUAAUCUUCUUUAGAUGCUAUUUUUUGUUGCAGGCGUUAAUAAGGAUUGUGCCUUUUAUGUCUCUUGUUAUGCAGCCGAAGUGCUCAACGAAAUUAAGCGAAAAGAUGCAGCUAAACCAAAGAAAUCCCGAAGAGAUUUGUAUAAAGACAACAGGUCGCCUUCAAAGGGGCUUAAGCUAAGGUAUAUCCCACCCGAAGGAGAUGUGGUUGACUUGCGUGAAUCGGACCUAGAUGACCUUGUCUCGCUUUGGGGUUAUUGCUUGGUUGGCCACAUUACUGGUAUAUACCCUGGUCGUAAGGCGCUGAACCGCCUCAUCAGGUCGUGGGGCGUUGGGUGUAAGUUGAUACCUCGUGAUAAUGAAUGGGUUCUUAUCCGGUUCAAGAAUGAAGAAGAUAGGACUAAAGUGCUGAUGGAAGUGCCUUAUGAACCAUUCGGUGAAACUCUCACGCUGAAGGUACUUGCUGAAGACUUUAACUUUGAUGAAGAGGACUUCAAUGAGGGAUAGAGUGGCUACUGGCUUGAGUUAGAGUUGGGGAGGAUCUGUGCUAUUGUUCUUGUUUGUGUACUUUUGAUUUCCUAUGAGGAGAUAGGUGGUUUGCCUUUUCUACCUCAGCUUGUGCUCUAGAAGUUUUUGGUUCUAAACUUGAUUCGAAAGUGGUUUUCUUAUAUCAACCAAAACAUGGUAUGUGCAUUAUCAUAUUCCACUAAACUUGAUACCAUGUCAUUAAAACAAGCACAUAUGUUUCCCUCACAAAACAAAAACAGCACUUGUUAAAAAGAGUAUUAAUGUAUUAUGGCUAUGUAGUUCCUAAAUCAUAAAAUAAACAUUAUUUAGGUCUACAUUAAGCAUAAAAUAUUCCUAAAUGAUACUCCAUAUAAUCAACAUCGUAAUUGGGAAUAGCAGAAUAUUCUUAAUUGCAAAUUGGGAUGAAAUAUUGGGUUUCUCUGAAAUAUUACUUCAUAGAAAAUUCUCCUUUACAAUUGUUCUCUAAAUGUCUGGCCCAUUCUCUGUGUAUGAAAAUAAAUAAGCAGAAAAAAAAAACAUGCAAG